UUUAACGAGGCGUAUUAGAAGAAGAAAACGUGUCGUCGGGCGAAACAUGCUCCGUCCCCGCGUCCUCGCUUAACGGCGGAGGUGCAGCAGACCUCCAGUCCUUAGCGCGUCCCGUUUAUUCCGUGUCCGUUCUGCGUCGCCUGGACCGAACGCGGAGCGAUGUUGCGUCUGCGGCUCUUCACAUCUGCGCUGAAAUCUCUCCAGCCUCAGAUCAUCACUUCGCCGCCGCCAGCAUCUCUACUGAUGUGACCUCUGUGGCUCUCUCCUCUGCAGGCUUCGAGACGCGCUAACAUGUGAAGAAGCGUCUCCACGCGUGGAAACGGCUCGUGGACAGGCUCGUCAGAUUCUAGCAGCAGAAAUGCGAUGAGCAGGACGAAAUGGUAAGAAUCGACUGUGGAUUCAUAAACUGUGCUGAAUGGAUUAAGUAGCCUAAAGUCAGUCCAGAUACGACUCAUAGGGUUCCGAACGCCAACGUCUUUGAUGGCUUUUGUGAUGAGGAGAUGGAAGAUCUUGCUGGUGCUGAACGCGUUCGCCGUGGCGGGUUUCCUCACUUUUUGGGGCAAGUGCACUGUGCGGACGGGCAGAGGCAGCGGGCAGCAGGCGCCCACUGAUGCCAGAGGACAAACGCGUCUGAACGGCUCUGCUGUGGACACAGGCAUCACUCACGAGGUCCUGCUGAAGAGACUUGGCUCUCUGGAAGAUGUUGUCUACAGACAGCUUAAUGGUUUGUCCAAGUCUCUUGGACUCAUUGAGGGCUUUGGAGGCAGGGGCAAAGGGGGCUUGCCCGCCACCCUGACUCCUGCAGAGGAGAAGGAAGCCAAAUAUCUUCGGGAGAAAUAUGGCUACAACGCCUUCCUGAGUGACAGGAUCUCUCUGGAUAGGUCCAUCCCGGAUUAUCGGCCCAGCAAGUGCAAAAGGGUGUUUUACCCCAGAGACCUGCCGCAGAUCUCCCUCAUCUUCAUCUUUGUGAAUGAGGCACUGUCGGUCAUCUUGCGUUCCGUCCACUCAGCUGUCAAUCAUACGCCGGCGCACCUUCUGAAGGAGAUCAUAUUGGUUGAUGACAACAGUGAUGACGAACAACUGAAGGCGCCGCUCGAGGAGUACGUCAACAAACGCUACCCGGGCCUCGUCAAGAUCGUGCGCAAUCAGAAGAGAGAGGGUCUGAUUCGCGCUCGGAUCGAGGGCUGGAAGGUGGCUACGGGAGAGGUGACGGGCUUUUUCGACGCCCACGUGGAGUUCACCCCUGUAUGGGCUGAACCAGUUCUGUCCAGGAUCAAGGAGAACCCCAAGAGGAUCGUGCUGCCCUCAAUAGACAACAUUAAAGAUGACACCUUCGAGCUGGAGCGCUACGAGAACUCUGGCCAUGGUUUCAACUGGGAGCUGUGGUGCAUGUACAUCAGUCCCCCUAAACAGUGGUGGGAUGAAGGAGACACUUCUGCCCCCAUCAGGACACCUGCAAUGAUAGGCUGCUCCUUUGUGGCCAACCGGGACUACUUUGGAGAGUUGGGCCUGCUGGACUCAGGGAUGGACGUGUAUGGUGGAGAGAAUAUAGAGCUUGGAAUCAGGGUUUGGCUGUGUGGGGGCAGUAUGGAGGUCCUGCCUUGCUCCAGGGUGGCCCACAUUGCCAGGACAAAAAAGCCCUAUCACAGCAACAUCGCCUUCCACACCAGGCGCAACGCACUGCGGGUAGCGGAGGUGUGGAUGGAUGAGUACAAGUCAAACGUCUACCUGGCCUGGAACAUUCCAAUGGAGAACCAUGGCAUCGAUUAUGGUGACAUAUCAGAGCGUGUGGCACUAAGGAAAAGCCUCCAGUGCAAGAACUUCGAGUGGUACCUUGACAACAUCUACCCUGAGAUGAGGAGAUACAACAGCACUCUUUUUUACGGAGAAAUUCGCAACAUCAAUGUGACCCAUCUGUGUGUGGACCAGGGCGUGAAGGAGAACCACACGGCGACCCUCCACCCCUGCCAUGGCUGGGGCCCUCAGCUGGGCCGCUACACUAAGGAGGGCUACCUAUUCCUGGGGCCACUGGGCAGCACUGGGGAGGACACGCGCUGCGUGGUUGACGACAGAGUCAGCAACUUCCCUCAGCUCGUCAACUGCGAGAAGGUCUCCAACGUACGUCAGAAAACAUGGAACUUCGCACAGAAUCAACCCAUCGUCAACCGAGCCACAGGACGCUGUCUAGAGGUGGUGCAGGCGAACGUCUACUUUGGCUACGCGCUGGUUCUGCGGCCAUGCACGGGUCAGAGGUGGAACAUCAGGAACACAAUGAGGCAGCAGCGGGGACAGUGAGUCACCCUGCCUCAGAUAAGGCCAGCGCAUACGGGAAGACGGGAGUCCUGCCGGGAACUGUCCGGAUUACUUGAAAACGAGUCCAGUUUGUGGAUUAGCUUGCUGCUUUGUGUUCUGGACUCCAGUGGAGCAGAACUGAUUCAGCGUGAGUUGGUCUCAGCAGCGGGGUGCAUGGAACGUUGCUCCGGAGCAUGUGAGGAGUGCUCCGUGCUCUGCCAAAACAAGUUAUGACUGCCUGAGACCCAAAGACAGUUCUGUGUUCUUCAAAAGAAGUGGUCAGCUACUUCUGUACUGCAGACUUAAGUCAUUGACAGGGCAGAGCCAGCAUGAAAGACGAGGGAAGCCACAUGUAAUGCGGAACAGUUGUCUCACAAUCAGUACAGUGGUGCUAUGAGAUUAUACAGCAAAACUGACAUGCUUGCCGUGUGCUGAUCAAGUGUGAAUCAUUUUUGUUUUUAUUUUUAUUUUUUUUGCAUUGUAAGUGGCUUCCCUUUUAAAUGUUGUGACGCGUUUGGAAGCCAGUGGCUUGUUGGAUCUUUCCUUUAAUUUCUAUGUUGAAAACCGUUCACCAUUCCAGGAGAAGAUCCUCAUUCAUAGGGAUUUAUAAUAGUGAAUGUGUAGGUUAUUUUUCAUAUCCUAAUGUAAAUGGAUCCUGGUUUUUCUCCCCCUUUUUAACAAAGUUAGACAUCAUGGAUGUUUCCUUAUUCCUUUUUUUUUGUUCUACAUAUAAAGUAGCACUCAGUAGCAUGACCUGUUGAUAUGCACAUGGGAAAUACCUGUACAGUGUAGGCCUAUGUCAUGAGUUAGGUCUUCCGUUGAACUGUUCGUGUAAUGGUCAUACUCUUUCUCUGGGCCACUCUGAAAGAAUAUAAAGUAAAGACAGGCCACAAAACUGGUUUUAAGAUGCAUCCUAAAAGAUAUUUUUGAAUUUUAGAGUGAGUGUCAUAAGGUGUGUGUAAAUGAAUCAUGUACUGAAGAUGUUACUACAGACUUUUACCGCUGUUGCUCAUGUUGAAGAUUUGGUGAUGGAAAUUCCUCAUACCGUCUUCCAUUUUAAGAUCCUCUGGUUUGAAUAAAACUAUGAACUGUG